GAUAAACUCUUCCAGCUAUACAUCAUGGUCAAGCUCAUCUCCCUCGCUACCCUGGCUCUCGCCAGCGUAGCCAUCGCGAAGCCAACAGUCUAUCUGAUCCGGCACGGCGAAAAGCCCGAUUCCGGCAAUGGAUUGAACACGCAGGGCCUUGAGCGCGCGCAGUGUCUGCGUACCGUGUUCGGUGCUAGUUCGGGGUAUAACAUUGGGCAUAUCAUGGCGCAGACGCCGUUGAGCAGUGGAAAGCGUCAACGCCCGUACGACACCGUCGAACCCCUGGCCGAGGAUCUGGGUCUCACCGUGGAUACCUCCUGUGAUCGUGAUGAUCCGGGCUGUGUCAAGGAUGUUGUUGAUGGAUAUACUGGUUCUGGCAAUAUUUUGAUUUGCUGGGAGCAUGAUGCUUUGACGGAUAUUGUUAGUGAGCUUGGUGAUAAGGAUGCGCCUGAUUAUCCUGAUGAUAGCUUCAACAUUAUUUGGACUGAUCCGUCGCCGUAUACUACUAUUACGGCGGAGACGAGUGAGAACUGUCCUGGGUUGGAUAGUUAGAUGGUUUCAUCUGAUUGGCAGGUGGAUCGGAGGG